AGGCCGGAGGGAGGGAAAGGAAGAGCCCGGAGCGCGAGGGGGCAGCCCUGCGGGGCCUCUGUAACCUCCCUGGGGCGGCGCGCAGAGACCCACGCCCAUGCCCUCCCCGGCCUCAGUUUCCCCUGGAAGAUACAGCGAGCGCAAUGGCGUCUCCGCCUCCAGACUUAGCCCCGCGGUUGUGGUGCCAGCAGUCGGGUUCCCUGUCCUCCGGUCGCCAGCCACCCCUUCUCACGGUUGGAGAGGAGUCGAGUCGGGGAGGCUGAUUCCAGUGGCUCCUGCAGGAGGUUGGGACGGAGGAGCUGAGCUGAGCAGGCCCUGCCCGCCAGGCCCUUCCUCCUAGCCUCACCAUGCAGCCCACCACCACGGCCACGGACACUGCGGCCGCCACAGUCGCCCUGACGACCUCCUGGGACAACGCUACAGGCCACCCCACUGUGGAGCCAGACCCCAUCCUGGACAACUACGUGCUGCUGGUGGUGGUGAUGUCCCUGUUCGUGGGGGGCACGCUUGUGGUGCUGUCGGGCGUGCUGCUCUUGUGCAGGCGCUGCUGGGACGUGCACCGGCGCGUCAACAGAGCCAUGGAGGAGGCAGAGAAGGUGACCAGCACCUACCUGGACAAUGGCACGCACCCGGCCCCAGACCCUGACUGCAGGGGGGACGACCCCGAGGGCCAGGAAGCGGAGACUGAGCACUUCCUGUGUGCCACCUCCACGGGACGCCGGGUCUCCUUCAACGAGGCGGCCCUGUUUGAGCAGAGCAGGAAGGCACAGGACAAGGGCCGUCGGUACACGCUGACGGAGGGCGACUUCCACCACCUGAAGAACGCGCGCCUCACCCACCUGCACCUGCCUCCCCUCAAGAUUGUCACCAUCCACGAGUGUGACUCGGGUGAGGCCAGUGCAGCCGCCACCCCCCAUCCCGCUGCGCCCCCCAAGACCAGCCUCGCCAUAUUCCAGCCCCCGGGGAAGGCCCUCACCGGCCGCUCCGUGGGCCCCAGCUCCGCCCUGCCAGGUGACCCCUACAACUCGGCCACGGGCACCACUGACUUCCAGAUCAGCCCCUCACCGUCCAGUGACUCUGGGGAAGGCACUUCGUUCUUCACCCGCCUGCGCAGGCAUGCCAGCCUGGAUGGGGCCAGCCCCUACUUCAAGGUCAAGAAGUGGAAGCUGGAGCCCAGCCAGCGGGCGUCCAGUCUGGACACCAGAGGCUCCCCCAAGCGGCACCACUUCCAGCGGCAGCGGGCGGCCAGUGAGAGCAUGGAGCCGGAGGCGGACGCCCCCCGGGCGGACUUCAUCCAGUACAUCUCCAGCUCGGGCGACGCCACGGCCUUCUCGCUGCCCCGCCCCUUCGUGGCCAGCCCCACCAGCCCGUCCCCCGCUCUCGGCAGGCUAGGGGCCGCGGAGGAGGCCGGCGCUGUGGCAGAGGGCGGCAGCCCCGAGUCCCCCCCGCAGCGCGGAGGCGACGAGGGGCCUGAGCAGCGGCAGGAGCCCGAGGCGGGGCAGGAGCAGGCCCAGACCAUCUACCGGGACAUCUGGAGCCUGCGGGCCUCGCUGGAGCUGCACGCGGCCGCCACCUCGGACCACAGCAGCAGCGGCAACGACCGAGACUCGGUGCGCAGCGGCGACAGUUCGGGUUCAGGCUCCGGGGGCCCCGCGCCCACUUUCCCACCACCCUCGCCGCCGCCCACUCCGCUGCGCCGCGGGGACAGUGUCGACUGCCCGUCGGACCGGGCGGCCGACGACCCGGCGGGAACGGCUGUCCCGGCCAUCCCGGUCAUCGAGGAGGAGCCCGGCGGGACCGGCAGCUGCCCAGGCUCGGGCUUGUGCGCCAGGCCGCCAGGGGCGCUGCUGGACAAGCUGGUGGCCCAUCUGGACGAUGGACUCUUCCCGCCGAGUCUCACCCAGCCCGUCGUCGCCGCCGCCGCGGGCCCUACGCUGGCCGCCGCCGCGCCCACGUCCCCCGACCACAGCCCGGUCUAAGCCCUGCCCCCACUGCUUGCAAGUCAGCCUCUGGCCGGGCCGGUGGGAUCCCCAAGGCAGGGCACGGCCGGGGGCACCUGGGACUCCCGGGCCACCCCCCAGAUGUGCUGGCACAGACCGCUCUGGCAACGGCGGGGUCCCUGCGGCACCCCAAGGCUCCUGGGCCCAGGCUCAGCCAGAGGGGCAUGGAGUCUCCGCCUCAGGCGCCCGAGCACCACGCUUGACGCCUCCGAGGCCUCUGGCUGGUGGCGGGAGCCCUGGUGAGCACCCCAGGGCCUGCACACGCCGUGCCCGAGUGCAGUGGGGCUGCCUGCCCCCCGCACGGGCGCCUGUGCAGCGGCACCCCAGGGCCGAGGGAGCUCGAGUCACAACUGGCCGGGGUGUGAGGCGAGUGCGCGGCCCUAAGGUGGGGCGCCGAGGACCGGGGUGACAGGUGGGCCGGGCCCCGCCCGGGAGACCGGCCAGAGGCUGCGGCCACCAGCCCCGGGGCCGUUUACCUCAUGCAGCGCCCUGGGCAGUCCACACCCUCUGAGCAAUAACUGGGUCUGCUCGCCGCCAGGCGGCCACGCUGCUGUGCCGCGGCCCUCGGCCCGGCGGCUCCGGCGCCCAGCACUAGGGCCGCCCCGCAUGCCAGCGGCCGUGCUGCCCGCGGCCGCCUGUCCGGUCCAGAGCCGCCAGGACUCCUCAGUGUUCCAGACCCACACAAAACCCAGAAGGCCAAGGUUUCAAGUUUCCCAAGCUUUAUUUAUUGCCAAAAGAGGGGCCACCCCCGCUGGCAGCCAGGUGACCCCGCCCACCCUCCGCCUCACGCCAUCCGUGUGCCGCUCGUCAUGGAGCUCUUCUCGUGUUUUGUUUCCGGUUCAUUAUAAAUAUUUACCGCAGCCCGCGCAGGCGUCCUCCCUGGGGAGCGGGAGGGGUGGGCGCGCUGCGGCCGCGCAGCCCGGGGAGGCCGGGGUGGACUAGCGCAGGGGUCCCCA